CGGUGCUGCUUUUCUUGCUGUAUUGAACUGGGCUGCAACGCACUUGGCUUCUCUGAUGGAUCGCUGAAAAAAGCGAUCCAGGAUCGCUGGACAGCCUGAAAAUUCCUCAGGGGGCUGUCUCGGGGCUGGUUUAGGUUUCUUGUAGUUAAACCUGCUGUUAACAAAUGGGUUGGAAAGGGCUUUUGCAGUUGCUGUGGCUUGUUGAUGGUGUUUUGGGGAACGCUAGAUGAAUAACAUGCCCCCCUCUUGACUGGGUACAAGCUUAGCAGAAGUCAGGAUUUUCUUAUUAGCUGCCGACAAACCUGCAAUCGGAGUUGUUGGUACUGGUAGUGAGAUCGUCUGGAUGUUUAAUUACUGCUCUUGAGCUCCCCGAAGGCCUGCCUGGACUAGCCAAAAAGUCUUGAGGGAGCAGGCAAGGCUUAACGCAGGACUGGGAGUCUGAAUCUGCCACUUGUGGAGCUCUCAAAGGAGACCUGGGCAGCACGAAGCUCCAGGGCGGUGCUGGGAGAGCGGCUGGUGGGCAGGAGUACAGGCAUGUACGCUGUCCUCCUACGCACAGAGCUUCUUCGAGUCAUCAGCCCUUUUCCCCUUGGGUGCCUCCUGGGCACCGCUGCCCCGGGGUAGCCCUUGCUGUUGGGUAACUGGAGAAAUAUUGCCGUUCUUCCCACGCGAGCCGUCAUGAGAAUGUUAUGGGGAGGAUAAAUAGAAAUAUCUUCUGUGGAAGAGGCCAAGGUCACCUUGAAGUACUGACUUCAAUUCCUUUUUGCUUUUCAUUUAAUGAAGCCUCAGAGCCCUUAUCAGAAGGUUUGAGUCAGCUAAUGGUUGCCAGAUUGUCUAAUACUUUGUCUCCCUUGGGAAGGAGGAGUGUAGCUGCACCCUGUGUUGCCCAAUAUUAUGUGGGAAAUCUGGGGCAAAUCCAGAUCCUCAGCUCUAGUGUGCAUGGAAACUAAAUAAUUAACAAAAUGAUUAAAAUAAUUUAGACUCGUGUAAAUGCCCAAAAGAACAUGAGCGUGGGGAUGGUGAGAGGAAAAGACAGAAGUAGUUCUUGUACCAAAUACCGUUUAUGUUUUGGAAAGCAUACAAAGUGGAAAGGAAUCUCUUCUCCCUUUUUUUUUUUUUCCAGUCAAUGCAUUCCUUUUCCAAAGCUUUGUGCAGCCUAUAUUCCCUUUAACUAAGGACGUUCUUUGCCGUGAUUGAUGUCAGCUGCUGUGCGGUAGCACAGCCAAGCACUUGAAUAAAAGAAAUGGAAUCUUAAUUUUUAGACUCUACAGUUGUGCCAAGAAUGACAAAAGCAAAGUGGGAAAUGUCAUAAAACUAAUUUUAUGAGCUCAGUCAGGGUAUUAGUGCUAAACCAUGGAGCAGUAAUGGUGCUAAUCCUGUGGAAGUAUUAAACAAAGAGCUAUCUCAGUAAUUAGUGUCAGUGUGCAAAUGGCACUGCUCAGCCACUCUGAGGAAGUUUCCUAAGCUUUUGCUUAGGAAUGUACCUAAGAUGCCCCAAUUUAGGUUAAUAAACUAAUCUUAUUUUCCCACAUGCCACGAAUGGCUGGCUGCUUGUCUUGGACAAAGGUCUUGUAGCAGCCCGUCUUGGCGGCAUGUUUUACUCGGGGAACCGCACAACCUUCCCUGCAUCCCUAAAACUGCUGAACUACUGGUCAGGCUGCUUGGGCAGGAGGCUUGUCCUAGCAGCACUAGCGAGAUGGGGCACUUAUUUCAGGCUUAGCCAAAACUGCUGCUCUGAGAUGCGAUUUGCGGGUCCGCUCUACCUUGCCUGGGGAGCACGAGGCAGCAGCCGGGUGCCCGUGAGACCCCUCGCUCUGCACUGAGGGCUCUCCCGCACGUCUGUGAGAGCCCCUUAGAGAAAUGGGGUCUGGAAGCAAAGUGUUCAUCUCUGGUUCCCGGUGUCACGGCAGCGCUUCCAGUUCCUCUCUGUUGGCCGGGGGGACAAGUGGAGGUUGGUAGUCCUUGCUUCUGGCUCGGAGGGAUGAGUGGCAAAGCUGAAGGCAGCAGGUCGUGGGUGUUGUGUGGGGAUGCUGUCGCGUGUCCCUUCUCCCUGUCUGGCCAACGUGGGAGAGCUUCUAAGGGUAACUGAAGGUGAGUUGUGCCGAGAGAAGUCGGAAGCUCCCGACAAAUUCCUUUCUUCCUUCUCUCCCUGAUGGCUGACCCGUACCGCAGCGCUGCUGUGGGGAGCCUGCUGGGAGGGAAUGGUGCUGCUGGGGGGGGUAGGGUGGCAGGAGGUGCCCUCCGGGCUUCCAGGGGGCAAACCCGUGGUCCUCAGCCAGAAAUCCUCUCUGGAAUGAGGGUCAGUAAGGAGCAGGGGGGGGUGAUGAGGCCUGAGCAGCUCCAUUGGGUUAAACUCACCGAAUCGAUAACCCUCGCUCUGGCUGCCGUUGGCCUCCGCGCUUACGAGGGGGGGUCUUCUGGUGAUGAGCCGCAGGGGAGCAAACCAGCAUUAAUGCGAGCCGAGGGCAGGUCAGUGAUGACUGGGAGACUUCAACAAACCCUGCUGUGUUAGCUCGGGGUGGUGGCAGGAGGAGGAAAGCCCCAGAAGAGCCAAAGGUGGCUGGCAGUGCUCUGCUUUGGUGCUUUAACCCAGGACAGUUAAUGGGAGGAGCAGGAGGAGCUCCCAGUUGAGCUGGGUGGGAACUGCUGGUGGGGACAGCGUGAGCGCUGGGGAGGAGGCAGCUCGGCUUGAGAUGGGACAGUUGCUGCUUCUGGCUUAAUGUAGGAGACUGUUCCCAAGGCUGUAGUUUGGCACGGUGGGUGAUGGUGCCUGUCCCUCCCCUCUAGCCUUCUGAGCAUCCAUUGCAAGUAAUGCAUAAAAGGGAGUUUUGCUUUAUUUUAAAGCAGCUGUGGCUCCUCGAGCAGUUGGGUUUGGUUCAUAUACCUGUCUGGUUAAGGCAUAGUUCAUAAUAGCAGUGGAGUCCCCCCAAAAUAAUCUCCCUUAAACUUCUUUGAAGUGCAGGCGUGAUCUCAAAGGAGCGCAGAAUGUUCCUACAGCCCUAGUAAGUGGUUCUCCAGUGAGGUGAACUUUGGCUUGUUCUGCAUCCCAGAUGAUAGGCCCUGCAGUAAAACAAAAUGCCGUUGUUGGCACAAUUGGUUUGCUUCCAUCAGACAAGAGGCCCAGCGUUAAUGAAGCAUAGAAACUGAAAUUACAUCCAUCUGGGGGGGGGUGUUCGCUCAAGGUACAGUAAAGCCCUUGUGCGUGAAACUGUAAUUUGUGCAUGUCUAAUUUAUGUAACUUUCAAAACCCCGGGCAGGGACAGGAGGACACGUCUCGUGAAGACCGUGUCUCUGUGUUUCUUGCUGUGCGGCAGCAGCGGUCUCUGUUCCCCUUGCCAGUCCAUCUGCUUUUACAAAUAGCCAUAGAGAACCCGCCUAAGCCUUUAAGUCCGGUCUGGGAUCUGAAGGGCUGAGAAGUUGAUCCGAACACAAAAACUUCUCACGCGGCGGAAGGUCGCUUUUUUUUUAACCAGUUGGUGAAAUCGCCGGCUUGCUCUCCGAUAGACGACCUUCGCAGACCUGCUUGAAAGGAGCCCGUAACCCCAACUGUCCUCGAGCCGGGGUGGUGGAGGACGCUGUCGUUAACAAACCUCUCCCCUCCCGCAGAACCACCAUGCCCAACUGGGGAGGCGGCAACAAAUGCGGUGCCUGCGGCCGCACCGUCUACCACGCCGAGGAGGUGCAGUGUGACGGGAGGAGCUUCCACCGGUGCUGCUUCCUCUGCAUGGUCUGCCGGAAAAACUUGGACAGCACAACUGUAGCGAUUCAUGAUGCUGAAGUUUACUGCAAAUCUUGCUAUGGAAAAAAGUACGGCCCGAAAGGUUACGGAUAUGGCCAAGGGGCAGGCACGCUGAACAUGGACAGGGGAGAGAGACUCGGCAUCAAGCCUGAGAGCACACCCUCUCCCCACCGACCCACAACAAAUCCAAACACUUCAAAGUUCGCUCAGAAGUUCGGAGGGGCAGAGAAAUGCUCUAGGUGUGGUGAUUCUGUUUAUGCGGCAGAGAAAGUAAUAGGAGCUGGUAAGCCAUGGCACAAAAACUGCUUCCGAUGUGCCAAGUGUGGAAAAAGCCUAGAAUCUACAACCCUAACUGAAAAAGAGGGAGAAAUCUAUUGUAAAGGCUGUUACGCAAAGAACUUCGGCCCCAAGGGAUUUGGGUAUGGCCAGGGAGCAGGUGCCCUCGUUCAUGCCCAGUGAGGGGGACGGAUGGCUCAAAACCCCUUACAGCUCUGCUGAGAUCCCGCUACAAGAAACAGGAGGGUUUCCUAAAUGUUACUAACUACUGUGAAACAGACACUAGUUACUGUAGUGCUUGGGCAUAUGUUCAGCAGAGAAUUUUUUCUUUUUCGAAAAACAAAAAGCACUGCUUUUUCCUUGCUUUGUGUAUCAUACUGUAACACUUUUAAUACUGAGUAUCAAUUCAAUAAACCUUUGCUUGUUGAUAUAUCCUAAA